GCUCCGCACCCACCAUCCCUGCAGGAGAAGAAGAGGCUCCUCAGGCAUGCUAAGAAGGUGGCCAUCCGACGUGCUUGGGCCGAGGAACGAGACCGUCUCUCUUCUGGCCUUCCUGGGACGGUGGAGUGGUCCUCUAGCGAGACGGAAGAACUACUGUCGAGAGGCGCCGUCAGCAGCUACACCGCCCGCUACCUCCACCCUCCAGAGACCUACCCGGCGCUCCUCGACGACCCCACCAACGUCCGCUUCUUCAAGGACACCAAAAGGACUAGACGGAACUCCAAGACUCGGAGGAGGUCACAUAGGUGCCGCAAAUGGUGGAAGGGGCUUUGCUAGGCUCAGUCCCCCGUCUCUCUGCUCCUUCCUGUGGUGCUGCCUCUGGCUAGCCGUCUCUGCAGCUGUGCAAGGACGAGAAAUAUUUGUGAUUUUCCUUGUUGCAACUGUUCAGACAGCUGCGAGAAAUGUGUGCGUUUCUGCAGCUGUUGCUCUUCGUGACAGCUGUGCAAGGAAAGAACAGUUGUGCCUCUUGUUUGGGACUUCUUCAAAAGGAAGAGUGGCGAGAGAGCGAAGGGAAUAUAAGUGGAUGUGCUUGUAGACUUUGAUCAUUUCGUCCGGGUUUAAUUAUUAUUUUUGACUCUGCUCAGAAGAGAGUGAGAGCAAGGAGCAAGAGCCUCUGACAGAAUCGUCCUCUCUUGUUGCCGGGUGACGAGAGCGUGGUGGCCGGCUGGUGGUGUUGGGUGUCGCUACACCACACACACUGUGACGGCCGCCGUCACUGUCCCCUCCCGAGGCUGCCACGAGCCACAGACAGGUGCCAGCCUCUCUGUCUAAGACCUUCGAAAACACAAUGUCUUUUUAUUUGAUUCUCGAAUUGAAUAGAAUUGUCAGCUAAUUUAUAUAAACUUCCCCCUAAAAGGUUUUAAGACGUGUUGUAGGGUAUAUAUAUAUAUUAUAUAUAUAUAUAUAUA